AUGAAUUUUGAAUCCGGAACCAUUAAAUUUCUGUGCCAAAGUCCUCACAAUUAUGAAAGUAGUGAUAUCUGGCACUCUGCCAACCCUCUUCAUAACCCACGUUCUCUUUUCUUACUUCAAUAUUCUUUGCUUUCCAUUGUUUCUCAAUUUAUCUUUCUUUGUAUCCAACCUCUUGGUCAAUCAUCCAUUGUAGCUCAGAUUCUUGGUGGAGUAUUACUUGGUCCAUCAUUUCUUGGUCAUAAAAAGAUAAUGAUAUCAAAUGCAUUGUUUCCUCCAAAAGGUUCUAUGGUAAUUGAAACAACAGCGGCAUUUGGAAUUAUGUUCUUCUUCUUCAUAGUAGGUGUAAGGAUGGAUCCUGCUACAUUAUGGAAGACUGAAAAAAAGGCCAUGGUGAUUAGUUCUUUUGUAUUCGUGUUCACAUUAGUAAUUCCAACUAGUGUAUCCGUUUUGAUGACCUCUUAUGUUCCCAUGGACACAAGCCUUUCCAGAUCUCUUCCAUAUAUAGCUUUUUCGCAAUCCUUUACUGCUUUUAUGGUCGUAUCAAUCAUCCUUACAGAGCUAAAGAUUCUAAACACGGACAUCGGCCGAUUAGCCAUGUCGGUCGCAUUGUUUUCUGACAUUGUUGGAUUUUCAUUGGCUAUAAUUGUCUUUUCAAUAGCUCAAUACAAACAUCGUGGUGUUUCUAAAUUCCUAGGUAUUUUUUUAUCUUUGGCUGGCCUCGUUCUUUCGAUUAUCUUCGUAAUGAGACCGAUAAUUAUAGGGAUCUCUAAGAAACUAAGAAGCGGAAAACAUGUUAGUGAAUGGUUAUUUGUUUGUAUCAUGGUCUUUGUUCUUAUUGCUGGAUUUCUUGGUGAAGUUAUUGGACAACAUUAUGUUAUGGGACCAUUGCUUUUAGGAUUGGCUUUACCAGAAGGGCCACCUAUAGGAACAAGUUUGAUUGCCAAAAUAGAAGCAUUUACUUAUGCUUUCUUUUAUCCCAUUUACCUUACGAUUUCCGGAAUGAAAACUAAUCUCUUCAAAAUUGAUUUCAAGUCUAUGUGGAUUGUGUGUUUCGUUGUCAUUGUUUCCGUUGGGAUCAAAAUCGGAGCUGUUAUGUUUUCCGGAUAUUUCACUAAUGUACCUUUGAGAGAUUGUUUUGUGAUCGGACUGAUUCUGAAUUCGCGCGGCGUAGCAGAACUUCUUGUUUAUAAUCUAUGGAGGGGAUCCAAGCUACUAACAGAACAAGAGUUCUCUUUGGUAGUGUUUUCUGUCAUCGCGAUAAACGCCAUCAUAACACCGCUUAUAAAAAUCUUGUAUGAUCCUUCAAAACAAUAUCAUCCUAUAAUAAGAAGCUCAAUUCAACAUACAAGUGGAGAAUUGGAUAUUUUCCGGAUCAUGGUUUGCGUUUACAGGAACGAAAACAUUCCGACAAUGAUGAACCUAUUGGAAGUAUCUCAUGCAAGUGAAAAUAGCCAUGUUAGAGUGAUAGCACUUAUUCUGGUAGAGCUUUUAGGAAGAUCAAGACCACUUCUUGUCGCGCAUCAACCGCACAAUAUUCUACGGUGCACCUUGUCGCAAUCAACACAAGUGAAUCAUGCAUUUUACCAAUAUAUAGAACACAACAAAGGGUAUGCAACAGCUGAACUGUUUACUUCAAUCUCGAAUUUUGAAACCAUGAACGAUGAUGUUUGUCGUAUAGCAAUCGACAGAAUAGCCAACAUUUUGAUUCUUCCUUUUCAUAAGCGAUGGGAGAUUGAUGGAAGUGUUGCAGUAACAAACAAAUCAAUUCAAUACAUGAACAUUAAAGUUCUCAACACCGCGCCAUGUUCUGUCGGAGUCCUAGUUGAUAGAGGUGCAAACAAUACCAAACAACUGUUUUCCAAUCCUACAACACCAUUACCAUACCAAGUCGGCGUGUUCUUCCUUGGAGGUGAUGAUGAUUUAGAAGCACUAGCCUAUAGUUCAAGAAUGUGCAGGCAUGAUAACGUGAGAGUUACGGUGAUUCGGUUUCUACAAUACGGAUUGGAAAAUUCUACGGAAAAGAGGCGCGAGGGAGAUGUGAUAGGCGAAUAUCGAAACUUAAAUAAGGGAAACCGUAGGUUUAAGACUGUUGAUGAAGUUAUAAAAGACGGAAUAGAAAUGUCGAAAAGAAUACGAAAAUGGAUAGAUUCUUUUGAUUUGGUUAUGGUAGGAAAGGAACAUGCAAAAUCUGGUUUGCUUCAAGGGUAUGAGGAAUGGAGUGAGUGUCCUGAAUUAGGAGUCAUUGGAGACAUGCUUGCUUCUUCGGAUUUCGAAACAAAGACUUCUGUUUUGGUUGUGCAACAACAGAGAAUUAUUCCAAGAAAGUUUUCUAAGGUCAAAGUUUUUCCAAUGACAAAUGAAAAAGAAAAGAUUUCCUUUUAA